CGGGGUGGAGCUCUCUUGAACAUUUCCGUGUGGACCAAUAUGAUCCAGGUGGGAAUAUACGUGUGCAAUUUCCUCGCAACGCCAAACGCUCCGUGGUAUCUGUACAGCUACAUUUACACCGAAGAUAAUCCAUGGUACUGGCUGCUACCCGGGGCCUUUCAGGAAUUCGUUAUGGGGGGCCAACUGAUCGCAAUAUUUUUGCUAAUUGGCUGGAUCAACGUGGCUCACUGCAUAAGUGUCGAAUUCUGGCUGCAGGAAGCACACAAAAAUUACGACUCUACCUGGACAACUGAAGAAUUACGUGACUCUGUCAAAUCAAUGGAGACAUACAGAUCUCUCCAACUCCUCAACAUUAUAUUCAACCAUUCCAUGGCUCCGUUGGGAAUCCCUGUCGCUAAAUUUGUCAAUUGGACUGCAAUCGUUCCCUGUUUCUAUGUCCUGCUUAGAUCCAUGAAUAGCAAAUUUAUGGAUGAAUUUCCAGGUGUGCUCACAUACCCGCUGAGCGUCAUAGACUGUGUCACCCAUGCGUAUGGAAUGCUGCAAAUUUCAUCCGAAAUGCAAGGCAUGUCUGAAAGUUAUCUCACUUCCUGGAGUGCGACGGGAAAUUUUGACCUUCGAAGGGUCCUCGUUUCCUGCCCCACGCUGAAAAUAGGCGUCGCAGGUUUCUACAAGAUCUCAGUUUCGACAACAGUUACGUUUUUUAGGUCGAUUAUCGAGUACACGGUCAACUGCAUUGUGACAUUUAAGUAAAUGUAAAGAAAUAUCCGAAAAUUCUUAAGAUGCUGAAAUAA